AUGGAGCUGGCCGUGAGCGAGCUGCUGCUCGCCGCGCACAGCGCAGGAGAUGUUCAGGCUUUGAAGAAUGCUUACCAGUUAAUCAAAUCAGCCGCUGAAGGACAGUCUGCACUUGAUUCAUCAGAUAACGUCAGCACCGAUUUAUAUGUUUUAUGUGCUGAACAAGCGCUUCAGCUGGGAUAUCUGGAAAUUAGCAGUGACUGUCUACAGAUGUAUUUUAAAGGAAGAUUUCCUGUGAACCAGUUUCUUGGCAGAGCAUAUUUGUGCCAAGGCCAGCUGCAUGCUCCACGCUCUACAGAUAAUUUGGAAGAGUUUGAAAAGUUUGUGCUGUUUUUUAUGAAGGCAAUAGAUUUUGCAACCCAUAACAGAAGGUAUUUUUUUUUGAUAUAUAAUGCCUCAGUUCUUUAUUGGCAACUUGUGAGGCCGUUUCUUAAGCCUGGAUUCCGCUAUUGCCUUAUUCCCAGUCUUUCACAGAUUGUUACAGCAUUAAACCGAAUUGAAGAGCAAGACAAAGAAUGGCGAGCAGAACUCAUGAUAAAUUUACUUGAGUGCUUCCUCGAUGCUUCAAAACUGGAAGAAGCAAAAGAGUUUUCAUCUGCUGCAGCAGUCUUUAUUAAGGAAAAUGUUCCAGACAAAUACUCUCAAAUAUUUUCUUUAAUGGUGUAUCACAAACUAAUGGAUAUUUCCCAGGUAGAGAAGGAAAUAGAAAAUUCCAUCCAUCUUUCAGUUAUUUAUAAAAUGCAGGUGUUAAAGUUGCAGUGGGACACAAAUGUAUUUCCAAGUGAUGCCACCGCAAAUCUGAAUUCUUUAUAUGUGCUUUUGAAACAAUAUGAUGUACCUCCAGCAUCUGUUCUCAAUGUGAAGUUUCCUUUGAUUCUGGAAUUAGCUCAUUUUUCUCUGAAAGUAAAUUGCACUGAGCUCGCAGCUCAUUGUAUACUUGAUUUGAAGAGCUUUCCAAUUACUGAGCAAGGGAAACUUAUUGAGAUAGAAUGCCUGGAAUAUGAAUAUGAAAUGAAGAAAAAUGGCACUGAAAUUGUGACUUAUACCAAAGGAAUUGUUGAGGCUCAGCUGAAAUUGAUAAAAAGUCUUGAAUUCACAUUAAAACGUGCAGUUCAGUUGGGAGAUCCUGGUGUGAUCCAGGUUGUUUGUGCAACCCAGUGGAAUCUGUGCUUACCACUACUGCAACACAAUUUGCACCAACAUGUGCGAAAGCCACUGAUCUCAGUUGCUGAUGUCCUUGAAGAGAUUGACAGCAUGUUGAUUUCGUUGCGUUGCCAAGUUCAUAUGGAAAUAGCUCGUAUUGAAGAAGAUGGGGAAAGACUAGAGGCUGCUCUGGAGCACUUGCACAAAGCUAUGCACCUGAACAACAAUGGGCAGUAUCGAGAGCAUCUGCGGCUGAGUUUCAAGCGCCUUCGUUUGAGUGCUCUGCUCUACGAGUCACCCGAGCGCCUAGAGGAUCGGGCAGGAAUGCUGAUUGAACAGGCUAAAAGGGGAGAACAAAAAGAUAAUGUGAGGAAAAACAGAUCGCUUCUGGUAAAUGCAGGUCUUGCAUUAGCUCCUGAUACAUUUCAAAUAGUCCUUGACAGUGAAAAUGAAGUUAAAGUUCCCUCAGGUAAAAGCAAUAGUCAAAUAAGCUACCUCUGUGCAAAAGCCCAACAUCAUACUAAAAGUGUGGAGAAAGUUGAUGAACAUUUGAAACACUUAAGAAAUGGAAAUGACAGAGAAAGAAUUAUACUUUGGGCAGAUUUGGCAAAAGUUGCUCGUAAACGGGAAGUGUGGGAUGUCUGUCGUGCAGCAUGCAGAUUUUGCCUCUUGUAUGAUGAUAUUUUCUUUAGGGAGGCAACAAAGCAUAAAAAAACACAGAAGAAUAAACCUAAUGCAACUAUGAUGGUUGGUCAAGGUGACAGCUCAUCAGGAGAAUCAUUGCUGCCUGCUAAAUCCUUCUCUUUUGAACCAGAUUUACUCAGAAUACUAGCAGAAAUAAGAUUUAUUAAUGCAGAAGCAACUGUUCAUUUAUUAAGACUGCAGGGAAUCAAACUGAAUGAUCAUGCUGUACCUCCAGAAGCUGCAUACCAGAGUCAUCCAGGACGUGUUCCAUAUCUUCCUGAAGGUGAUCCAGAAUGGAAAAUGUACAGUUUAUGGAUAGACAACUUAUCUUGGUACGCUAUGGAAAACUUCCAACGUGCAGCUGAAAUAGGAGAAGAAUUGAAUGAAGCCUGGAUUGUUCAUAAUGCUGUGGUGUAUAUCUUAAAUUAUAACAGACAUCUGAUUUCUUCAGGAAGACAGAGGGACAUUAUUGAGUAUCUCCAUACUCUUCUUGGAGCCAUCAAGACUGUUGGGCACGACAGAAGUACUGACAUUUUUCUGAUGUUGUGUAAUGCUUUGGCUCGAGGCCUAAUUAUUUCUUGGAUUCCAAAGCCAAAACCUGCUGAGAACACAGAAGAUACAGCAAUAGAGAGUAGCAGAAAAGCUGCAGCAAAGAAACAGGAAAAAGCAAAUAUCAUCCAGUCUUUUUCAGUAGAUCCCAGUGGACUUCCUGACAUCAAAGCUGCCUUAGAGGUUUGUGAAUUUGCCCUAAAUGCAAUGACUGGAACCAGACCUAAGGAAAAAGUCUCUAUUACUGCACAACAACAGAUCAUUGCUACCUGGGUGAAAGCAAAGCAGUUAAAUCAGCAGCAGAUCAGGCAGCAGCUUGGGACUCAGGAGGAGGAGGAGAAUAAUGAUGAAGCACAAAAUCCUCUGGCAAGAAUUCUUGUUGGUCUGGAAAUGUAUUCAUGUAAUGGCUUGGGUCUCAUGGAUUUCACUGUUCCUAGCUUAUCUCAGUUAGUGAAAUUGGCCUUAGAAUGCAGUUGGUCAGAUUCCUUAGUGGAAUUGCAAACACUGACACGACUUACAUAUUUUGCAUAUGUAUCACAAGACUAUGAAAGAGUGAUGAUGUGUUCCAAGAGGAUCUUGGACUCAGAUGAGAAUGUUGUCCGCAAUAGAAAUAUUAAGAAAUAUGGCGUGCUUGGUAACAGGGUGAGACAAGAAAUGUUGAGCACUACAGCUUGUAUACAAGGAAAGAGCAUAAUGGAAAACUUGUCUGGAAGAAAACAUCUGCGUGUAGCAGCAGUAAAGACCUUUGUUCAGAGUGCCAGGUAUGCAGGUGAAGCUGGAAAUUAUUCCCUUGUAAUGUUUGCAGCUAGGCACUUUUGGAAUGCGUGUUUACCCUUGCUGGGCUCACCACAUGACAGAGAACAGUUUAAGGAACCUACUGAAAUAAUUCUUAAGAAUAUAAUUAAAGCAGAAUCUAAAAACAAACAGGAAAAGAAAGAUACAUGUCCUUUGCAUCAGUGGAUUACAAAGGAUUUUCAAAAUAUGGGGUUAUCAGUUGGAUGCUUUCUCCCAGGUGCUGAGGAAGAUCUGACAUUGAGAACCUCCUUAUAUAGUCUAUUAUUCCACAUCUAUGCUGAUAAAGCUGACUGGGAGACAGCCCUAAAACUCCUGGAUGAAGCUAUUCAAGUUUUGCCUCAGACAAGACACAGACUCCUGAUUUUCAAACUUAUGGCUACAGUGAGAGCAGCAUCAGGAUGCAAUUUUAUGAUGGGCAUUCAGAAAGUCAGUCAUGAAAGUGAAGAUUAUUUGCCACAUGUGUGGCGACACUUGGUCACAGUCUCCAGAAGUAUUGUUGGACAGUUGAGCUGUUUUCAAAAUGCCAUCAUUGCUUUACAGAAACAAGAAGCUGAAUGGCAGAGAGUUGAUUACCUGAUGGAAUUUGCUGAAUGCUUAUAUUGUAAUCAGUUUCCCCUUAAUGAUGCUAUUAAACCUCUGGAGUGGGCAGUAGAUCUCCUGCUCCGUAUGAAAUUUCCUAUGCAAUCCUCACAAGAGGAAGAAAACAAUGCUAUACCAAAGUUAUUGCCUACAGAAAAUGCUAAGAUGGACAAUGAAGCAAAUGGUACCAUGCCCCAAAUUAAUUUGGAAGACUUGAGCAAUAUUAAACAACUAGAAGCUUUGUUUAGAGCCCAGACAUUAAUGGCUUUAUUUUCUGGUCCUGGUUCUUCUUUUCAUCAGCAGCACUGUUUGAUGGCCUAUGCCUGCAUCGCGCGUAUCUGGCAGGUGUCAUUGACAGCAUCAGGGCUUAUUACAAAAGCAUUCUCAAAGCCUUCACAACCUGCAGGUUCUCAGAAAGUGAAGUUAAAGACUCCUAAAAAGAAACAAGCUGAAGUUUCUGUUUCAAAGGAGAAGCCUAAAGAGAAAGAAUCAGUUGAUACCUUGCCAGCAGAUGUGGAAGAAUGGGCCCAAUAUGACUGUCCCAAUAAAAUCAGAGAUACUUUUAAACAGAAAACAAAUAGUUACGGUAUUAACUGGGAUAAUUUCCCAAAGCCUACUUACACUUUGUAUUUUAUGGACCUUUUAUCUAAAGAACUACAGAAAAUGUUUUGCCCCCACUUGAUUCUUCCGAUCUUUCAGCUAGCUGAAGUUAUUGCUAGUGAAGUUCUGGAAUGUAGGAGUCUGUCUGAUCUCUAUCACCUUCGAAUCGCCCUGAUAUGCUCAGAUUUAAAACUGAAUCAGGCAUCUGUGUAUCAUGAGAAAGCUGCUGGAGAAGUAUACAUUAGUGAAUUAGAGCAAGCAAUGUGUAGGCAGGAGAUUGCACUGAAAAAAGAAAAAACUGUAGGCAUGAAGAAAGAAGAAAGAAAAAUACCUUUUGAGAAUGCUCAGCUUAAUGGUAGUAGGAAUGAGAAUAUCCUUACUUCAAGUGAAAAGGGUUUUGAGGUAAAUGCAGUAACAGGAAAAGGACUGAGUGCACUUUCUUUCCCUCGCUUAUGGAUUGAAAAAGCUGAAGUACUAAUUCAGCUAGGCUUGUAUCAACCAGCAAGGCUUCUGCUUUCAGAGGCCCAUGCUGCAACUCAGGAGCUGGGGGCCCGAUCUGAUGUGUCAAGGUGCUUGUACUUACUUGCUGUGUUGGCUAACCUGGAAAGAAACCACAGACAAGCUCGAGCGCUCCUUGAGCAAGCCCAGCUGCUGGGGGGAAACGAGCAGCUCUGGUACAACUGUGCUCUGAGUGUGACAGAGGCAAUUCUAGAGGAGCAGGGGGAAGGAAAACAGAGCAUGGCUUGCGAGAUCCUGGAGCAAACUGUAAAUGUGCUUCGAUCUACUUCACUGAAGCGACCUGGAAGGCAAUCAGAAUUGGGUUUUAUGAUUGCAUCCCUUGAAGCCAGAAAAACACUUAUUCAGAUACAUUUUGCCCAGGAUCGUAUGACGCUUAAUGGCAAUUCUGCUCAGUUGCCACACAUUCUACAGGAAUCCUACAAUAAAUUAGUUCAAGUUGAGAAGAACCUUUUUCAUCAUGGGCAUAAAAACUACAGUGCUGAAAUACUGCUGGAAUGUGCAAAUAUUCAUAGAAUGACUGCCAAACAGGAAAGGAACAAAAAAGACAAACACAGUCACUAUCUUGAUGCUUAUAACUUAGCUCAGAGAGCAGUAUCCAGAACAGAGGAAGUAUUUCAUAGAGUUUGUAGUUUAUUUGCAUUUAAUGAGAAUAAAAAUGUUAGUAUGCCAAUAAUGAGGCAAUUAGCUCUUAGAAAAAUAAAUCUUGUAGAAAUUCUUUUGGAUAUUUUUCAUCUUGAUUGGAAGUACAUGAAAUGCACCAUGGCUCACAUUUCACUGGCUCAGUUAGCAAACAUACAGAAUCUUUGCAAAGGCUGUCCCAACAUCAAAUCCAAAUGCCUGUAUCUAACUGGGAAAACCCUUCAUUUACUUGCUGUUAAUGUGGAUCCUGUGUAUUCAGAGAUUUACUGGAAGCCAAAUGUUAUGACACAACAAAGGAUGGCACAGAAGUAUCUUUCUCAAUCCAGUGAGGCUUUGCUACAGUCUAUGGCUGUUGCAUUCAGUCAUAAUGUUACCGAUGUGCUGGCUCUUGCUAGUUUGGAAAUGGCUGAAUGCUUUAGACAGUUUGAUCCAAUUUCAACUACCCAGUUUUUGGCACUUCAUCAGAGUUGUUCAGUGUCUAUGAAGAUGAAGAGUAUCCUUCUAACGGCUACAUCCAACACCAGCAGCUCUCAGCUGGCAGCGUUGCUGCAUCUUCAAAAUCAGUUAAUACAAAACAGAAACACAAGUGAUCUUCUAAAAUGUGUGGAACAGCAACUGACUGCUAAUUCAAUGGCAUGGAGAAACCUCUGUAUUCCUGCUGAGCAUUUUAAUAUAGUGAAUGAAUUGCCGUCCAGUUUCUACAUAGUUAUUCUCCAGCAUUCAGAAGACAGGUCACAGCUGUACAGCUCAUUGAUUGAGGUGCCCAAAGGAAGUUCUGCACAGCAGAAAGGAAGGCUCACACAGAGGAUGGUGCAAGCAAAAGUUUCUCGAUUUCCUGUGAAUCCUGAUGUGUUUCGUAUUUUGUUGGAAAAAAUGCGUCUUUUCAAGCAGCAAAAGAUGGAGAAUCAUCUGAAACAAGCUGUUAUUCAGAACUUGCAAGAGUGUGUCUCCAAAACAGAUGUGACUCCAACAGAGAAAAUAAAUGGUAGUGAGAUUGAUUUGACAUCAGAUUUCUCUGAAAUAAUAGAAAUGAUGGAAGACUAUCUGAAACCAGUGCUGUCACAGGUUGAUUUUUCUGCUAUCAGAGAAUCCCAGUGUGGAUCAGUUUCAGCAGCUGAAACAGGAAAAAAGAAAAUGAGAGAUAAGGACACCAAACAAGUUGGAAUGCAGGAUAAACCUGUGGAUUUGGGAUUAUGUGUGGUAUUACUAGUGGAUACAUUACUUAUGGAAUUGCCUUUGGAAGCUCUGAGUAUUUUUAAAGAGGAAGGAAUAAGUUCUGUCUCCAGAGAUUUUUCUCUACAGUUUCUCUACAAUCGACUACACUGGACUGAGUCAGAAGCUGAAUUUAAAAAAAAUGUUGAAGUAUCUAAAGAAAAAACCACAAAAGCUUCUCAGAAAAAGAAUGUCCAAAUGGUGAACUUUCCACGUUUUUUGGAAUGCAGUGCUGCACCAAUUAAUCGUGAUCUACCUUCUAAUUGCUUGCCUGUUGAUACAAGGAAUUUAAAAUAUAUUGUGGACCCCUACAAUGAAGGAAGGGAAGCCGAAGCUUCAAGUCCUUCCCAAAAAAUGCAGGAAAUACUGGGAAAAUACCGUGACCUAUUUACACUGCGGUGGGAAGGUGUCCUUGGCAAUAUGCGUGCUCCAAGCCAAGCUGAAUGGGAGCAGCUGCUGACAAACUGUAGUGCAUUUCUGUUCUAUGGGAUGGAGAGAUUCAUGUCUCAUGUGUUGCUUAAUUGGUUGGUUGCUAUGAACAUCCCAAAAUGCCAUCUGGUGAUUCUUCUGGAUCUGGUACGAUCCCAGCAAAGUUACCGAAGAAUUACAAACUCUGAUACCCACAAAAGUUGUGCACGAAUUGCUCUGGAGAGUCCAAGAGAGGCAGCAAUGCUGCUCAGCCUUGCAGGGGCUGGCUCUGUGAUGGGCACGCAGUGGUACACGAGCUGGGAGGAGAAUGCAGCACGGCUGGAGACCUUGUUUGAGAGUAAGAGCUGGUGUUUGGUGUGUCCUGCUGCAGGGUCUGUGUGCACCUCCCUGCCUCCUGGCUCCUCUUUCUCUGCUCCUUUCCAAAUUCCGCCUGGAGUGUCCAGAGGAGGAGAACUGUGGUUGCCAGGCUGA